GCCUCAAGCUCGUCCAGCACAGUCGCCCCUUGUCACUCAGUCAGUCAGUCACUCAGCCAUAACCCAAACAUGAAAUUCCUCAUUGUGUUCGCCCUGUUCGCCUGCGCGGCCGCCGAUGUCAGCCACCUGAGCCAGUAUCUGCCACCCACCAACGAGUAUCUGCCACCCGUUCAGAACACGGUUCAGUACACGGCCCCAUCGGUGAGCUACUCCGCUCCGUCCUACCAGCAGCAGACCUACUCGGCUCCGUCCUACCAGCAGCAGACCUACUCGGCUCCGUCCUACCAGCAGCAGACGUACUCCGCACCAGCCAUCCAGCAGAGCUAUGUUGCGCCCAGCAAUGAGUAUCUGCCACCCGUGCAGCAGCAGACCUAUUCCGCACCAGCUGUCCAGAGGACCUACUCUGCUCCAUCUGUGAGCUACUCCGCUCCAGCUGUCCAGCAGACAUACGCUGCUCCAUCUGUGAGCUACUCCGCUCCAGCUGUCCAGCAGACAUACGCUGCUCCAUCCGUGAGCUACUCCGCUCCAGCUGUCCAGCAGUCGUACUCCGCACCGGCCUACCAGCAGUCGUACUCCGCACCGGCCUACCAGCAGUCGUACUCUGCCCCAUCUGUGCGCUACUCUGCCCCAUCCUCCAGCGUGGAUGUGGGCACCCAGUAUGCCUCCAAUGGUGGCUAUGUCUACAGGAAGUAAGAAGCUGAG